GCUGUCGUAAAACAGUCAAGUUUGUGUGUAGGUUAGCGGGGUGAACUCUCAGCACCAGCAUCGUCAUACUGACUCCUGGUAGAGCGAUUUAUUUAAGAACUUGAGCUUUAUCCCGAAUAGCUGUUGGUUUAUACACAUCUCUCACUGUGUGUUGUCUAUUUUGAACCGGUGUAAACCAGAGUUGAAAUGCGGACGUAGCUGUUAGCUAGAGAGCCAGGCCGUGGAGAGCUGGCUGGUUGUAUCCUUCAUCCAGACCGGAGCAUAAAUGUUUCACAAGCACCAGGUUACCGGGCUGGUUGUCGACUGUGGAGAAGAUGCGCAAGGACGUGAGGAUAUUGUUGGUGGGAGAACCCAAGGUGGGGAAGACCUCUCUCAUCAUGUCCCUGGUCAGUGAGGAGUUUCCAAAUGUGGUUCCCUACCGAGCUGAGGAAAUCACCAUCCCUGCAGAUGUCACACCAGAACGAGUUCCAACACACAUCGUAGACUACUCAGAGGCAGAGCAGACAGAUGAGCAGCUGUUUCAGGAGAUCUCCAAGGCAAAUGUGAUUUGCAUUGUUUACUCUGUCAACAACAAGAGGUCCAUAGAAAAGGUGACCAGCCACUGGAUCCCUCUCAUUACUGAGAACACAGACAAGGACAGCAGGGUUCCUUUGAUUCUGGUGGGCAACAAGUCAGACCUUGUGGAACACAGCAGCAUGGAGACCAUACUGCCCAUUAUGAACGAGUACAGUGAGAUAGAGACUUGUGUUGAGUGUUCAGCAAAGAACCUGAAGAACAUCUCAGAGCUCUUUUACUAUGCCCAAAAGGCAGUGCUGCACCCCACUGGUCCCCUCUACUGUCCAGAGAAAAAAGAUAUGAAGUCACUUUGUAUUAAAGCCCUGACUCGAAUCUUCAAAGUGUCAGACCUAGAUAAUGAUGGUAUUCUGAAUGAUAAUGAACUCAACUUCUUCCAGCGGACGUGCUUCAACUCCCCACUAGAGCCUCAGGCCCUGGAGGAUGUGAAAAGUGUGGUGAAGAAGAAUUUGAGUGAUGGGGUGUGUGACAAUGGACUCACUUUGAAAGGCUUUCUGUUCCUCCACACUCUGUUUAUUCAGCGAGGUCGCCAUGAAACAACAUGGACGGUCCUGAGGAGGUUUGGAUAUGAUGAUGACCUGGAACUUAAUCAGGACUACCUCUUCCCCCCGUUGAAAAUUCCUUCAGACUGCACCACAGAGCUCAACCACAAUGCCUACCUCUUCCUCCAGAGUGUCUUUGACAAACAUGACAAGGACCGUGACUGUGCCUUGUCACCAGAGGAGGUGAAGGACCUGUUUGAUGUUUUUCCCUACAUGCCCUGGGGCCCAGAUGUUAACAACACAGUCUGCACUAAUGACCAGGGAUGGAUCACCUACCAGGGGUAUCUUUCACAGUGGACGUUAACAACAUAUCUGGACGUCCAGCGAUGCCUGGAGUAUUUGGGUUAUCUUGGAUACUCAAUCAUUGCUGAGCAGGAAUCACAAGCUUCAGGAAUAACUGUGACCAGAGAUAAGAAGAUUGACCUGCAGAAGAAGCAGACCCAGCGCAGUGUCUUCCGCUGUAAUGUGUUUGGAGACAUUAGCAGCGGAAAGAGUGGUUUCCUCCAGGCCUUCCUGGGCAGAAAUCUCAUGGCCCAAAAAAUGAUUAGAGAAGAACACAGAUCCUACUAUUCCAUCAGCACAACCUAUGUCUACGGCCAGGAGAAAUACCUUCUUCUUCAUGAAGUAUUCCCUGACUUUGACUACCUGUCCGAUGCUGAUUUGGCCUGUGACAUUGUCUGCCUGGUCUACGAUGUCAGCAACCCUUACUCCUUUGAAUACUGCGCCAAAGUCUUUAAGCAAUAUUUCAUGGACAGUAAGAUACCAUGUAUGAUGAUCGCAGCCAAGUCAGACCUUCCAGAGAUCAAACAGAUGUACGGCUGCACUCCUCUGGAGUUCUGUAGGAGGCACAAGAUGCCGCCUCCUCAGUCCUUCACAUGUAACACAGCAGGAGCGCCCAGCAGAGACAUCUACACCAAGCUGACCACUAUGGCCAUGCACCCCCACGCCCGGCUGCGCUGCAUGUGCACUUGUAACCGGUGCACCUUCUGCUUGUGUCAGAACUUCCUCAACUCUGAGCUGCUGCAGACGGUCAGGGCCAAACUCUACGCUGUCGUACUGAGAAGACAUGUUAGCCAAGCAGACCUGAAGAGCUCCACCUUCUGGCUGAGAGCGAGUGUCGGGGCCACUGUGUUUGCAGUUCUGGGUUUUGCCAUGUACAGAGUUCUACUCAAACCGCGGUGAUCCUCAUGUCCAGCUGUCCCAUUCUCGGUACACAUAGAGCUAUUUUGGCAACAUUAGACUCAUACAUUUAGAAGACAAAUGACAUUUAUUUGUGACUUUGCUGAAAAACCUGUCAUUGUUUUGUAGUUUAAUGGGUCCCAAUCCAAAAAAUUGUUUUGGGGAAAAAAAAAUGCGUACAAGUAUAGGCUGGCAAACUCCAUUCCCUUUUCUGUUGUUUUUGUGCAUUUCCAUUACUGUAUAUUUCUCUUUUGGAGAAUAAAGGAGAACAUAUUUAAUUUUGUACCAAAAUAAUUUAUGUUUGUCUGCAAGUAUUUGUAAGGACAGAUAAUAUAUUUAUAUUUAUAUUGAAAAUGAGGGUAAGAUGUGGAUGAGGUGGAAUAAGCUGCUGACAAGUGUUACAUAUAUAGCUAUUUUUUGGGUUGCUUGGUGAUUGAAACGAGGAACAACCUAAUGUUACUUUUUUUUUAGGGACUGUGAUGUGUGAUGUAUGCAAUAGAGGCAAUGCUUUUAUUAGACUGGACAACAUGUAAAUACUGUAUAUUUCACAGUAGAAUGCAUUUGUUUGUACUUGUCCAUGUUGGAUUUUCACUAAAAAAACAUGGAAUGCAGAGGCAUUAGUUAACAGCCAGGUCAUGAACUGCUCUGGAAGUUGCACAAACAUCAAUAUAGAGUCACUUUGAUAGAACAUCAGUGUGCCUUUCAUGGCCAAAUGUCUGGACACAUAUUUUGUCAUGUUUUUCCAUCCAUACAAGUCAGUGUUUGGUUGAUGUUUGCCACACAGGGUCUGCUACUCUGUCUUUCAUCAUCUUCCUCUGUCAGCCACUUUAUUUAGCUAAUGCGUGAGUCUAUGUAUGCUUGUAUUUGUGUGCAAAAAUGUCACAAGUGUACAUUGUACAGUCGCUCUGUAUCGGGUUGUGUUUGCAUGCUUCUGAAUUUUGACCACAUUACAGUGUUUUCACUCUUACGAUUAAAAAAAGAAAAGAAAAAUGAAAAUGUGUCACCUUAAGGUGAUUUAUUUUAGUUGUGGGCAGAAGAGUUCAUCAAGAGGAUGGGUGAGUCUUGAAUUGUUGUGAAUAUUGUUUGGGCAUUUUCUUUACAAAAGAAGCAAUAAUGUGUACCCAAAUGUUAAUUUACAUGCAACUGCCUGCCACAGGGCUCAGUUUGAUGUAUUCACCCAGCCUUUUCAAAAGUUUACAAUAAACAAAUGUAUCUGUUAAA